CGGAUCUGCUGCAGUCAUGUGUGUCGCUCUUCACUGUGUGUUUCUCUGUGUUUCUCUGGCACUCGGUGCUUGUUAUGAUUCUCAGGAGAGCCACGAGUCAUUUGAGGUAUUUGUGAAUCCAUAUCAGGCGAAUGCUUUCAUGAGGAGUCCACGAGAUCCCAUCUACAACCAGUACAUCUACAGGAGGCUGAAGUCUCCAGCUGAGCAGCGGGCCGAGAUCUGUGAGGAUUAUUCGCCCUGUCGUCUGUUCGCGCUGCACUACGGAUCACAGAUGGCCUAUCAAACGUACUUCAGCGCUCAGCAGCUCAAGCCCAACCCACAUCUGCGUCGCUACUGAGCCCCGCCUCCACGCUUGCAUACGACCAAUCAAUCUCUUCCUUUAAAUAAUCACUGUCUGAUCGAUUAAGCCCAGACACCUAUUCACAAAUACAUGUGCUUCUGUGUGUCAUGGGUUUGCUACUAACAUCCUCUCGCUCUCUGACAACGGGCCGGUCUGCCCAGAUAUUUACACAAAACUGACAACUUCACAUAUUCACAAUUACUCAAAUCUAAAAUCAUGACGGCGCCUGAAUUUCUUGAUAAUCUGCAUUUCUUAAUAGUUACAAGAAUGAGUAGUCAGAUGACAAUGUUCCCAGACAAGACAUGAGUGGUUUUAAAUGUGAUGCAGCAGUAAAUCUGAUCACUUCAUUUGUCCUUGUUUAUCACAAUUAAACUCCU